UCGUCGUCGGAGUGAAAGCGGCGAAUGGCGCCGCGUCAGGCUCACAAGCAGCGAGGGCUUCGUCCGUUGAGCACAUGAUCGGGACGCCUCCAGCACCCCUCGCACCUUCUUCGUCUAGGACGAAGGCUGGUAGCAGCAUUGGCGAUGCGGGCGACGAUGAGGCUGCUGUGCAGGCGUUUGACGCGGCACUGUCGCUUUGCGCCAAGGAAGGCUCCGAAGUGGCCGGUAGACGCCGUCCGAGCCCUUUUCGCCGCGGCAGUGCAGAGAGCGGUGGAGGCCAGGUGGAGGCGAGACAGCAUGGAGGACUGCUGCAACGAGGCGGCGGCGAAGAACCAAGCCGGGGCGGCGGAGCUGGCGACGAGGCGUGCCGCGGCUCGCCGAGCGAAGGUGACAAAGCUUAGCAUGGAGGUCAAGUGCCGCGAGCAAGCCCAGCUGAACCAACUCACGGUCGAGCAUUCGAAGACGGCAAAGGCGGGAGAGGAGGCGCGCAGCGCCGAACUCAGGGAAAAGUUCGAAACGGCGGUUCCCAGCAUCCAGGAGAAGCUCAAGCUUGAGGCGGAGAGGCGGCGGCAGCAACGGCUGGACAACGACGAGCUGCGCGCGAAGCUGAUCAGCUUCGCCGAGCAAACGAGACUCAGCAAGGAGGCUUGCGCCGCGCAGCUGACUCCGGCAUCCCUCCGGGUCGAGAUCGCGAGCGCCAAGUGCGAACAGCAGGAAGCCGAACGAAAGGCCGCGGAUGCAAGGGCGGAUAGCCUGCAGGUGGAGCUGGAGCGCGCUACGGCCUCACACGCCAAGCUGAAGGCCGACACUACCCAACGCGAGCGGAGCCUGACCAAGAUCCAGAACAUCCUCAACGAGCGGAAGGCCAUGUCGGCUGGGUUGGAGGCCAAGACCAAGGAGCUCCUCGCCAGCAGGGCAUCGAUGGAGGCUGAGUGCGCUGUUCUGAGGGAAGUGGUGGCAAGCGAAGAGGCUGCGAAGAGUCACAAGAAGAUGGCGGAGCGCUUGCAGGGCCUGUGCAGUCAGCUGGAGUUGGAGGUCGCCUCUAGCCGCCUUGGUCUGGCCGUUUUUCAAGCUGAUCCCGCUCUGCGAGGGUAG